GGAAACAGGUUCUAUUUGCCAAACCAAGAUGGCGGCCUCCUUGUUGAGAAGGACAGCAUUAGAUGUCCUGAAGUCUGCUGUCAGGAUACAGCGGCCAUGCAGUGGGUCAGGAUCUGCUGUAAUGUCUCAGUACCCGGGAAUUAUAGAAUCACAUGACGAGUAUUGUUUUGUGGAGCGGCUCAUACCACGUCUCCAAGUGCCCGACCCGCCAAAGCACACAGGAGUAACGCCAUCCGGGUGGAUCCCCCCUAAAGAUACACCUCCCGAUCUCCCUUACUUUGUGAGACGCUCUCGAAUGCACAACAUUCCAGUGUACAAGGAUAUCACUCAUGGUAAUCGUCAAAUGACAGUUAUCCGCAAGAUUGAAGGUGACAUAUGGGCUCUUGAAACUGAAGUAAAAGACUUUUUGACCCAACUAACAGGAAAGACACCAGCAACACAAGUUAACGAGAUCAACAGAACUAUCAGGGUCAAAGGAUACUUUGAUACAGAACUCCAGACUUGGCUUGGAGAGAAGGGCUUUUAACAUGAGCACAACUGAGAGCCUUUGCCUCACUGGGGAAGGUGGAAG